AAUUACGACCAGGGUUUGCUUUAGGAAUACUUGAUUGCUAUAUAAAUCUUCCAAAUAAAUAUAUGGAUAAAAAUCCAAAAAGCAGACCAACUGCAUUAUAUGUUUACAAAAUUUUGCAGGAGUGGGAGAUAAUUUUUAAUACACUAACUUUCGAUAGCAACUCUGACAUUCGCAAAUAA